UUUCAGCUGCGAUUCAACACCCAAAGACUGACCUGGCUCUAUAGUUAUUCUUUCUAGACACAUUGAUAUAAUAUAUAUACAUGAAGGUUGAAGCCCAUCAAUUGAAAAAAACAAAUUCACUCUCUAAGUGUAUUGGCGUUUAUUUUGUCGUUUCGAUCCUCCUCAUCCUGGCAUCCGGCAUUGCGAUUCGACUCCGAACCCGCCUGUCCCAAUUCUCAGGGCACAUAUUAUCUCCCAAGUCAUUUUAUACUCCAGCAAUAAACAUGUCUUACCAGCAGGAACUCUAUGUUGCAGAACUCGCUGUACAGAGGGCCACGCUGUUGACACAGAAAGUCUUCAACGAAAAAGCUAAAGGCACUCUAUCCAAGGACGACAAGUCCCCCGUCACGAAGGGUGACUUCGGUGCACAGGCUCUCAUUAUUCAGGCAAUCCGCGAGAACUUCCCAGAUGACGAAAUCGUUGCUGAGGAGGAAGCCAGUGCUCUCAGGGAAGACAAGCCUCUGAGUAAUGAGAUUUGGGACCUGGUCAAAGGCAUCAAGCUCACUGAUGGAGAGAGUGACAAAGUUUUAGGAGGACCAUUGCAGAGCGAGGAAGCUAUGCUGGACAUACUCGACCAGGGGAAAAGUGCCGGAGGACCGAAGGGGAGGAUAUGGGCUUUGGAUCCUAUUGAUGGGACAAAGGGAUUCCUCCGCGGGGGCCAAUACGCCGUUUGUCUCGGUUUGAUUGUGGAUGGCGACGUCAAAGUAGGCGUGAUCGGCUGCCCAAAUUUGCCAAUCUCUGACUCCGCACCGAUUCCCGUCGAUCUAGCGAGCGCUCAGUCCGGCGCCAAUGGGAGUGGAAUGCUCUUUUCUGCUGUGCUCGGACAAGGCGCCUCGAGCCGGCGCCUCUCUGAUGGAAAACUACAGGAAAGCAAAUCUAUUUCCAUGAGGCCGGUCCCGGAUAUUACAAAGGCUUCAUUCUGUGAAGGGGUUGAGGCUGCACACUCUGCACAGGAUGAUAACGCUGCCGUUGCAAAAAUGCUAGGAAUCACUGGCGCAAGUGUACGGCUCGACUCGCAAGCCAAAUACUGCUCGAUUGCAAGGGGGGCUGGUGAUAUUUACUUGAGGCUUCCAGUGAGGAAGAAUUACCAAGAGAAGAUUUGGGACCAUGCCGCUGGCGACUUGCUGGUCCGCGAAGCCGGAGGGAUGGUAUCCGAUAUCUACGGCAAGAGACUUAACUUUGGGAAGGGAAGAACGCUGGCCGACAAUACCGGUGUCGUUGCUUCGCCGAACGCCAUCCAUGAUCAAGUUAUCAAUGCCGUUCAAAGAGUACUGAAGCUAUAAUGAAGAAAUUCUAUGACAUAUUCUCAGGUGUUGUGAAGAUGGAUGGCAGGUGACGGGCCGAGCAGAACGGCAACAGAAAUAUCGCGGCUAUUCUACAGAAAAAUAAACUAGAAAAAUCCCAAGGGCAUAGAUAUACAAAAAGCAAUAGCAGAGCAUGAAUAGCACAAAAAACGGGAUCACUUGAUCUUCUUUGCCUUCAGUUUUAUCGUCUCGCCGUUCACAAAUAUGCCCUUACCCUUGUAUGGCUCGGGCUUGCGCCAUGCGCGAAUCUCAGCAGCGAACUGCGUCACAACUUCCUUGUCAAUUCCUUCUAGUAGGAUAGUAGUUGGUUGCGGCAUGCUGGCUUUGACCCCAAGCGGAAUGCCUAGCUCAAUUGGAUGCGCGUAGCCGACUUUCAACGAAAUGAACUGUUGACCUGGGUAAUCUGGUUCUGGAACGGUGACGGCCUUGGGUUCGAUCAUCGCCCUGAAUCCAACUCCGACGAGCUUGAGGAUGCAAGUAUGGCCUUCUGACACUCCUAAAACGUAGUUUUUCAAAUGCUGCCGUACAGUUCCUAUUGAUGAAGCGGGUUAGAUGAGGGUUGGCGGCUUUAAACGGGGAGGUAAAGGGUGGCAGUGAAAUCGUAGGCGCAUACCCCACAUAGCACGCUGAUGUGUAACCUCCACAUCUUGUACUUCGACUGUUGCCUUUCGGGAUUCCGGAUCAAAGUUUACGGUCGAGAAUGACGGGAGCGUCAAUGUCAUGGUUCCUGCAAUAAGUGUUCGUUAGCCUUCAGACAUUAUGAUGAGAAUGGGUAAUGAAAUGACCAACCCAAUGGUCCAGUAACCUCCACUGCAGUAGUGGGAGUAUCCUUCCCCUGCCGCGCAGUGAUAUUUUUAGCUUUUGGCAACUCGAUGAAUUUCAAUGAGACUUCGGAAGGAAUUGAGAGCGGCGAAGCGCCAAUUCGCGAUUGUGUCGGGGUUGAUGUUGAGAAGGGCUGGCUGCGAAGGGGAAGGGAAAAGGCGGGAAGGAGGAAGGCUGGUAAGGAAUUGGACCUCAU